AGAUGCUAAACAACAAUAGAAAAGACAUUUGUGAUCCACUUUUUCUGAUAAAUCAAAUACAAAUGUUUUUUAAAUAAAGGAAAGUUAUUCCAAACAUCAGCUUAGUCCGUCUUCUUGUCUAUUAAGCUGAUAAAAGAUCUACCAAGAAAUCCUUGCCAAACAGCCCCGAGUAUUGGAACUCGGAUACUCGGGUACAAUAUGGAUAAUCGGAUAAUGGGUACAGUUUCAGACCAACCGAACGAAUGACAAUCUCGGAUUCUCGAUUCGUUCAAGUUCAAACGCUAAUCGUGGAGCCCCACCGCCACCGGCCACCGUAAUAGCUACUAAACUUGAAACUCUGCAGGAGAGAAAAUAAUUUGGCACUUCACCGAAACCCUAACCCUAACAGAUUGAUCGAUCGAUCGCGAUCGAUUCGCUGAAUCGUCGCCAUGGGAAAUGCAGAAAAGCUAAUGAACCAGAUCAUGGAGCUCAAGUUCACGUCGAAGAGCCUCCAACGCCAAGCUCGCAAGUGCGAGAAGGACGAGAAAUCCGAGAAACUCAAGGUCAAGAAAGCUAUCGAGAAGGGUAACAUGGACGGUGCUCGUAUCUACGCAGAGAACGCAAUCCGAAAGCGUACCGAACAGAUGAACUACCUCCGCCUCGCCUCUCGCCUCGACGCCGUCGUCGCCCGCCUCGACACGCAGGCCAAGAUGGCCACCGUCAGCAAAUCCAUGACCUCGAUUGUUAAAUCCUUGGAGUCGUCUCUCGCGACCGGGAAUCUCCAGAAGAUGUCGGAAACAAUGGACAAGUUCGAGAAACAAUUUGUGAACAUGGAGGUUCAAGCCGAGUUCAUGGAGAAUUCCAUGGCUGGGAGCACUUCUCUGUCGACGCCUGAAGCCGAGGUUAAUAGUUUGAUGCAACAGGUAGCUGAUGAUUACGGUUUAGAGGUCUCUGUUGGGCUUCCCCAGCCGGCAGCGCAUCCGGUUUCUAAUAAGGCAGAGGACAAGGUCUCUGAAGAUGGUUUGGCUAGGCGCCUCGCCGAGCUCAAGGCCAGAGGGUGAGAACAUCGGUUCUCCAUCUCUCCCUCCUUUUAUUUCCUCCAGUUUCUUAAUGUAAUAUGUAUAGUUCUAUAAGGCUCAGAUACAUGAAUUGCCGUCGAUUUUGGAUUGAAGUACAUGUCGAUCUGAUGUAAGAAGUCAAACAUAUAAAAAAGAAAAAAGAAUUGUCUUCUAAGUGGAUUUGUUGUUUAAUGAGCAUUGUCAUGUUAGGUAGAUCUCUAGUUGACUUUGAACUAAUUUGAUUUCUUGUACUCCUUUUUACUUUCUUUUCAACAAUUUGUGUUUUUGAUCUUUGGUCA